AUGUGCUCGUUGGACUUUGUUGGUUUUGAACUUUGGCCACUCUGCGACUCUCAACCAGCUACAGACUACAAUACAACUCAUGGUCACUGCACAGAGCAGCGCUCUACUCUAGACGCGCAUCUCUGCCAGUGCUUCCUUCGAUUCUGUCUCUCAAGUGCGUCUGACCAGCAAAGUCAGAUCAAUGCUGUCCUGCGUAACGCGGUAGAGCCCAACUUGCCGAGCAAAUGGACUGCGAACAUCCUCGUUCUUGUUGAUGCCACAGCAAAGCAAGAAGCGCGACUACUAGCCCUUGCUACAGAUAAUGAGUAUGCUAGAGACUUGCCAAAUGCCUUUGAUCCCAGCCGCUUUCCCUCGUCGUUUGCGGAACCAGCUCGUCAGCGUCAGCGCGCAUCGCAGCAGAAACAGCCAUCUGCGAUCCUGCGAAUUCAUCUGACAACGUCUCUAUGUCUCUUGAUACACUACGCUGUGUCUAACGCAUUCAGAAGGACGAUCUAG